AUGUCGCUUUAUUAUGGCGGUCGAAUUCUUACUAUGGUUGGAGAGACGAAGGAAACAGUCCAAUACGUCGAGGCUGUGGUAGAAAUGGAUGGAAAGAUCGCAUUUGCAGGAAGUCUGACCGAGGCGAAAAAAUUGUUUCGUGGAGUAAACGAGGUGAACCUCGAAGGACGAACAAUGAUGCCAGGGCACAUUGAUCCUCACCUUCACCCUUCCAUGGCGAGCUUGAUUCUCAAGAUGGAUUUCAUCACCCCGUUUGACUGGAAUCUUCCGAGCGGCGUGUAUUCUGGAGUACGAACCGAAAAGGAAUAUCGUGCCAGGUUGACCAAGCUGAUCGCGAAGCGAAAUAUCAGUCCAAGUAAAGAUUUCGUGAUAACUUGGGGCUAUCAUCCAUCUUUCCAUGGCACGAUGUCCAAAUCCGUAAUAGACCAACUAGCCACUACAGUGCCUCUUGUUGUGUGGCACCGUAGUUUCCAUGAAGCGUACCUUGGCACCUCAGUUCUUGAGCAGCUCAAGUACGACGACUUGGACGAGCUGAAGAAAAAUCCUCAAGUUGAUUGGGAAAAUGGCCACUUCUUCGAGAUGGGUUUGGAUGACCUUCUGAGCACAACAUCGUUCAAAGACCACGUUUUCCCUCUAAUGGAAGAAGGCUACAAAGAUCUGGUCCAGGUUGUCCAUUACAAUGGAAUCACCACUGUAGCGGAUUUGGAAUUUCCUAUACUUGAUCUGGACCUGGAGAAAAGCAUGGCUGCCAAGAAUCUGAAGUCAAAGGAUGUCUUCUUCUCGACCUAUUGCGUUUGUAGUGCGAGGAACUUCGGCAAGAUCGCAAAUGAAGAUCAUGAGAUAGCUAAAAACCUCAUCCAGGAUCUAGCAAAAGAAUUCAGUGAUGAUCAAUUGAUUGUAUACGAUGACCACGUAAAGGGGCUCUUAGACGGGGCGUUCUAUUCUCAGCUGAUGCAAAUGGCAGACGGCUACCCUGAUGGCCAUUCUGGUCAGUGGAUCACUGAACCAGACGAGAUGGCAAAACUGAUGGAAGUCUACUGGAGGUCCAAGCCUAAAGGGUUCCAAAUCCACGUACAUACCAAUGGUGACCUUGGGAUGGCAAGGGUAUUAGAAAUCGUGGAACAUCUGAAGAAGAAGUACCCUAGAAAGGAUCACAGGACGACAAUCGAGCACGCUGGCUACUUCACUAAAGAGCAAGCUGAUAAAAUAGCUGAGCUUGGUUUGAUGGUGUCGGCCGCUCCAUACUACCUCUUUGCGUUAGCUGAUAAGUACAGCAGUGAAAAAGAAGGCAUUGGUAAAGCCCGGGCGGAGGCCAUGACCCCACUACGAUGGCUCUUUGAUAACGGAGUGGUCACAGCUCUUCAUUCUGAUUUCACGAUGGCACCGUCACAGCCUCUUCUUCUCGCCUGGAGUGCUGUAAACAGGGUCAGUGCCGAAGAAAAUUGCUUCAGAAAGGAUCUAGCAAUCACUCGCUACGAAGGAAUGCUUGGAAUAACUAAGAAUGCAGCCAUAAUCCUUGGUACUGAUGACAUCAUGGGAACCAUUGAAGAAGGAAAGCUUGCCAACUUUACAAUCCUCGAGAAGGAUCCACUGGAAGUGAACCCCAUGGAAAUCAAAAAUAUCAAGAUCUACGCCUCAGUGUACAAAGGAAGAAUGAACAAAAUCCAUGCUUAG